AUGGAUGAAAACAACCACCUAAAAGAAAAAACUUUUAUUAUGAUUAAACCAGAUGGGGUAGAAAGGGGACUAAUUGGAGAAGUCAUUCGUCGUUUUGAGAAAAAAGGAUUUCAAAUUACGGCUUGCCAGAUGCUUACUGCUAACCGUCAAUUGUUAGAAGAACAUUAUUCUGAGUUAAAAGAUAAAUUUUUUUUUUCUGGAUUAAUUAAAUUCAUGCUUUCGGGACCAGUAGUUGCCAUGGUCUGGCAGGGAAGAGGAAUUAUUGCUUAUGCAAGAAAACUUUUGGGAGAAACUGAUCCAUUAAAUUCUCUACCAGGAACUAUUCGUGGUGAUUGA